AUGAUGAAGUGGGCUAUCGUCCUGUGUGCCCUAGUGGCCCUCUCCGAGUGUCAUACCAGGAUUUCUCUGAUCAAGGGGAAAACUGCCAGAGAAACCCUGAUGGAGAAAGGUAUAUGGGAGGAGACUAGGCAGAAGUUCCCCUACAACCCUAUGGCCAAGUUCAACCAGACUGGUGCAAAUGAGGCAAUGACCAACGAUGCUGAUUUGUCCUACUAUGGCGUGAUUUCCAUUGGAACCCCUCCCCAGUCCUUCAAGGUCAUCUUUGACACUGGUUCCUCCAACCUGUGGGUUCCCUCUGUCUACUGCUCCAGUCAGGCCUGCCAGAACCAUGACAAAUUCAAUCCUGCAUUGUCCAGCACCUUCAAGUGGGGAAGCAAGACUGUUUACAUUCCGUAUGGAUCCGGCAGCAUGACUGGAAAGCUGGCAUACGACACUGUUUCGGUGGGAGGUAUCUCUGUCACCCAGCAGAUUUUUGGUGCCAGUGAGACCGAGGGUCCCUUCAUGGCCUACAUGCUUGCCGACGGUAUCCUGGGCCUGGCUUUCCCCAACCUGGCGGCCUCUGGAGCCACACCAGUCUUUGACAACAUGAUGACGAAUGGUCUCGUGUCCCAGUCCCUCUUCUCUGUCUACCUGAGCGGAAACUCAGCAGAGGGUAGCGUGUUGUCCUUCGGUGUCAUCGAGCCUUCCUACUACACCGGACAAAUCACCUGGAUCCCCCUGUCCUCCGAGACCUACUGGCAGAUCAACAUGGACAGUGUUACCAUCAACGGCAACACAGUGGCUUGCAAUGGUGGUUGUCAGGCUAUCAUAGAUACUGGCACCUCCCUGAUCGUCGGUCCAACCGAUGACAUCAAAAACAUGAACUACUGGGUCGGAGCCACCAUCAACCAGUACGGAUAUACCACCGUGAACUGCAACAUCAUUCCCAACAUGCCCGAGGUGACCUUCACACUCAACGGAAACACCUUUACCAUCCCUGCCUCUGCCUACACCUCCCAGGACUCCUACGGCUGCAGGACUGGUUUUGGUAACGGUGGAUUUCAGCAGCUUUGGAUCCUUGGCGAUGUCUUCAUCAGGCAGUACUAUACAAUCUUCGACAGGGACAACAACAUGGUUGGCCUGGCCAAUGCUGUGUAA